AUGGAGAAAUUUUCAAACUGGAGAGAUAAGGGAACAGGUAUUUCACCAUUUAUGCCCUUCACAGAACCAAGUAAGGGAUUAACGCAAAAAAUAGGCUUCAUUUUUAAUGUUAUCGAAGUGUUGUUUAAAGCUCCGAUCUUUAUAUUCUUAUUUAUUUUGUACCAGAUAGUUCCUUACAAAGUCGUAGGUAAUCUAAUUUUGUUAUUAUGUGGCUUCAAAGGUUACGAUCUUCUGGUAGAAGGGAUAAGAAAGACAAAGACAGAUCAAAUUGAUUUAAAAAGACCCAGAGCAAAUGACUUAGUGGUUGUUAAUUAUAUUUCACCUAUAGAUGCCCUUAUUGUAUCGUUGUGUUCUAAUGCAUCAUAUAAAAAUACACGUUUCAUUAUACCUGAUAAAGAUGGGCAAUUAUAUUCAUAUUCACUUUGGUCUUUCUUCAAUAACUGUUUUAAUGGAAACAUAGGUGUGCCGACAAGUCAAGAAAAGAUAAGUGACUUGUCAGACUUAAGAGGAGAGCUAGUUUUUCUUUUCAUGGAAGGUACAACAUCGAAUAACAAAGGAUUGCUACCAUUUCCUCCUCUAAAAGCUGACAUACCAGAUUUUUUUAAAAUAAAAGUUUUGGCUUUAAAAUUACAACCAGUUCUGCUAACCUUGCCCUUGCCUGUUAUUUCCAAAAGCUGCUACAUUUUUAGAUUGUUGACUAACUCGAGUAAUAAGAGUUCUAUAAAGACCAAGAUCUAUGAACUUAACGAGUUCGAUAUAGAGCAAAUCAAGAAAUCCUUUGAAUUGAGCCUGUUGUAUCUCAUCGGAAACGAUUUGAAUAUAGAAGAAAAAGCCAAAUUUUAUAAUUAUUACUUGGAUCAUCAUAUCAAAACUAGAUAA